GUUUAAUUUUCUAGUGAGGAACGUGGCUACAGAAGUCCCGGAGCAUCCUGAGCUAACAGGCCUACAAAGUAGUCUAGGCUAAAAUCCCAGCCACUGUUUUCAGGACCCGAUCUGCAGUCUUUGCUGCUCUUCCAAAGCAUCACCCAACAGGCUUGGCUUGGUCAUUAUCCUAAAAGGGAGGUAAUGGUGUAAACCUUUUGCAAAUUAACACUCAUCUAGAAAAAGUACUUACUAUUUAAGAUUUAGAACCAAACUUGACAGUUGCCCUUUUUUCUGUGCACCUUCCACAGGAGAGAGAUCCACUGUUCUCUUGUAGUAGUUCUGACUUCCAACACAUACAUACAUACUAUCUGUUAUGUUAGCUGACUCAAAAUGGGGGGAAAACAUAUAUUUUCAUAUGUGAAAGAGGAAGCCUUCACUGUGUCAUGAAAGCAUUCUUCUGGCAUCAGUCUCAAAGACUGAUGUCCCAUUUGCAGGAGUUAUCUAUCACACUGCCGAAUGAGUGGUGAAUUGUUGUAAAUAAUUCCACAACUCUUUAAUUUCACAGUCCUUUGAAUUUUGUACUAUGGUCACUUUGAUAUGCCCAUCGUGGUUUGACUACUAUCUACCUUUUCCUAAUGUUUCUUAUGUUCAAAAUGGACCACAUAGAAAUAGCAUCUUAGAUUUGUAUGUACCUGACUAGGUACUGUGCUUUUCUAAUAGGUUCCAAGUGUUUGAAUGUUACAUAGUAGCUGAGAUAAGCUGUAGAAAGCUUACUUGUAUUCAGUAUACUUUAAGAAGUCUUACUAAGUUUCUACUCAGAGCUCUGCAGAGUACUGGACAACAUGAAGAACCUUAUGGUUCUUGUGGACCCUCUGGCUCUCUGAAGUUGCACAUUAAAAACAAACAACACUGUGCUGAAUGCUCUUCAGUUUGGAUACUUCAAGUACGACACGCAGCCAGACCGGGAAGAACCAGGGGGAGCCAACGCCUGAUGAAGGUCCUAGUGUUCAAACAUGAUUGCUGACAGAAAUUCAAGUGAGCACCAAUGUGGUUAUGAAUUAUUCAGAGAUUGAGUCUAAGGUUCGAGAAGCAACGAAUGAUGAUCCUUGGGGACCUUCUGGGCAGCUCAUGGGAGAGAUUGCCAAAGCUACCUUUAUGUAUGAACAGUUCCCAGAACUUAUGAACAUGCUUUGGUCCCGAAUGCUAAAAGACAACAAAAAGAAUUGGAGAAGAGUUUAUAAGUCGUUGCUGCUCCUAGCUUACCUCAUAAGAAAUGGAUCGGAGCGAGUUGUUACAAGUGCCAGAGAACACAUUUAUGAUUUGCGAUCCCUGGAAAAUUACCACUUUGUAGAUGAGCAUGGCAAGGAUCAAGGUAUAAACAUUCGACAGAAAGUAAAGGAACUGGUUGAGUUUGCACAGGAUGAUGAUAGGCUUCGAGAAGAGCGAAAGAAAGCAAAGAAGAACAAAGACAAGUAUGUUGGGGUCUCCUCAGACAGCGUUGGCGGAUUCCGAUACAAUGAGCGGUACGAUCCUGAGCCCAAGUCCAAAUGGGACGAAGAGUGGGAUAAGAACAAGAGUGCAUUUCCAUUCAGUGACAAACUAGGUGAGCUGAGUGACAAGAUCGGGAGCACGAUUGACGACACCAUCAGCAAGUUCCGGAGGAAAGACCGGGAGGACUCUCCAGAAAGGUGCAGUGACAGCGAUGAGGAAAAGAAAGCAAGAAGAGGCAGAUCUCCCAAAGGUGAAUUCAAAGAUGAAGAGGAAACGGUGACGACGAAGCAUAUCCACAUCACACAGGCCACAGAGACCACCACAACCCGGCACAAGCGCACAGCAAACCCUUCCAAAACCAUUGAUCUCGGAGCAGCAGCACAUUACACAGGGGACAAAGCCAGCCCAGAUCAGAAUGCUUCAACCCACACGCCUCAGUCGUCAGCGAAGCCAUCAGUGCCAAGCAGCAAGUCAUCGGGGGACCUCGUUGACCUGUUUGAUGGCAGUAGCCAGUCAGCAGGAGGAUCAGCUGAUUUAUUCGGUGGAUUUGCUGACUUUGGCUCAGCUGCUGCAUCAGGCAAUUUCCCUUCCCAAGCAACAAGUGGGAAUGGCGACUUUGGUGACUGGAGUGCCUUCAACCAAGCCCCAUCAGGCUCUGUUGCUUCUGGUGGUGAGCUCUUCGGCAGUGCCCCACAGUCAGCUGUAGAGCUCAUCAGUGGUUCACAGCCAGCUUUAGGCCCACCACCUGCUGCCUCAAACUCUUCAGACCUGUUUGAUCUUAUGGGCUCAUCCCAGGCAACCAUGACGUCUUCCCAGAGUAUGAAUUUCUCACUCAUGAGCACUAACACUGUGGGACUUGGUUUGCCCAUGUCAAGAUCACAGCCUCUGCAGAAUGUUAGUGCAGUGCUGCAGAAGCCUAACCCUCUCUAUAAUCAGAAUACAGAUAUGGUCCAGAAGUCGGCCAGCAAAACCCUGCCCUCUACUUGGUCUGACCCCAGUGUCAACAUCAGCCUAGACAACUUACUACCUGGUAUGCAGCCUUCCAAGCCCCAGCAGCCAUCGCUUAAUACAAUGAUUCAACAACAGAAUAUGCAACAGCCUCUGAAUGUGAUGACUCAAAGCUUUGGAGCUGUGAACCUCAGUUCUCCAUCAAACAUGCUUCCUGUCCGGCCACAAACUAACCCUCUAAUGGGGGGACCCAUGCCUAUGAACAUGCCCGGUGUAAUGACGGGCACCAUGGGAAUGGCCCCUCUGGGGAACACCACAGGGAUGAGCCAGGGCAUGGUGGGCAUGAACAUGAACAUGGGGAUGUCGGCCUCGGGGAUGGGCUUGACAGGCACAAUGGGAAUGGGCAUGCCCAGUAUGGCUAUGCCUUCUGGAACUGUGCAACCCAAGCAAGAUGCCUUUGCAAACUUUGCCAACUUUAGCAAAUAAAAGGUUGUAACAGAGCGAGUGGAAGAAGACUCUGUAGCUGCAAUAGGUGAUGUUGGGAUGGAAGGCGCUAAGCAGUUCCCUUUUCUUUUAUCAGUUAAUUAAAUAACCCAUAUAAAGAACCAAAAAGGCCGGUGUUUCAGAAGUGAUGCAAGAGCACUUCACAUGAGGCAGUCAGGAUCAGUUUCCGCAGUGAAGAUACGCUCCUAAUGGGGUGAGGGGGCAUGAGAGCCUCUGGGUCGGGGAGCCUGUGUCACAGCAUAGUCUGUGGGAGGACUGGCAUGGAUGGGGCUGAGUAAGUGUGCUUCACUCUCUAACUUUAUACUUUUCUCUCCCUGAGGAACUUGAUUUUUCUGUCCCUCAAUCGCCUUGUCAUGAUUGGGUCUGUUCCUUUACUACCACUCUCAAGUCCAUAUAUGAAAUCAUUAAAGUUGGAUGAUCAGUUUUUUAUAAAAAUAUAUAUUUUUGUCCAAAAAAGGCAUACAUAUGUGAUUAUGGCUAAAUCAGAGGUAACUGGAUGUGUGUGCUUUUGCCAAGGCUCCAGCAAUGCUGCUAACUACCAUCUGAGUUGUCAUGGAAUUGAACCCUCUUCCACAGCUGGCAAUGGCUGUGAGACUUCGCCCGUGGCUCCUACAGUUACCCUGUGCAGAACUGGGAAACCUUUCUCAGGACUGCUCCGCGGUUCCUUGAACAGACGGAGAAGGAAGACUCUUGUGUGUUGUUUGUAUGUAGCAGUUGUUCAUUGCCCUUUGCAGUGACUGACUUGGCAAAGCUGCUUCCUGUGCGUAUCCUUGUAGCCAUCAUUCAAGUCAGAAACAGUCAAAAGAGAAAAAUAUUUAUUUUUAUCUUUUUUGGUGUCUUUUCAAAAAAUUGAAAGGUAAAAAUACAUUAAAACCUUAAGUUAAAUGUACAUGUUAGGACUCAGCAAUGUUCACAUUUAGAUUUUAUACCGUAUUCGUUUUGUUUGCGUUUUGAGUGUGUACUAUCGCAUUAGCAAUAUGGUUCCAAUAGAAGUUCGAUAUAUAUUAUUAAAGGAGACCUGUAGCAGUCAGAGAUUUUAUUGAUUUAAUGAGAAAUAAAGGAAAUUAAUUAAAAUUUUUUUUUCCUGCUGUGAUUCUGCAUUAAGCUCACAUGAAAAUCAUGAUGCUAGAGUUUGGAAUGCAAAAUUAAAUGUUUCAACCUCAAGCUGGGAAUAUUUUUUAAAAUAAAUACUAUAAGUAUCAAAUUAUUACCUCCCCCACUUUAUGUUGAAAAUUUUUUUAUUGAAUUGAUACAACUUUGUUUCCAUUGUAUUCAUAAUGUUCUGUUCUAUAUAACAUUAAAACAUUCAUUAAAACCAA